AAAGUACAUGUAUGAGGAGAGCUGGAGAGCCUAUGCCAUCCACUCAGCUGAUAGGAAACAACGCCUUCCAAGACUAGUCCAAAAACCUUCAAGCCUCCAUACGACACAUCAACCAUCUGAUAUUUCUCCAUUUACUCCGGUACAUCCUCAAAAGAAAAGGGUCCAGAAUGUCUCAGAAGAUCAAAGCAGGUUCUGUGGUCGAGAUGCAGGGAGAUGAGAUGACCAGAGUAAUAUGGGAGCUCAUAAAAGAGAAACUCAUUUUCCCUUAUCUGGAGCUCGACCUGCACAGCUAUGACCUGGGAAUGGAGAACCGUGAUGCCACAGAUGACAAGGUGACUGUUGAGGCGGCGGAGGCUGUGAGGCGCUACAGUGUCGGCAUCAAGUGCGCCACCAUCACUCCUGAUGAGAAGCGCGUGGAGGAGUUCAAGCUCAAGAAGAUGUGGCCCUCUCCUAACGGAACAAUCCGGAACAUCCUUGGAGGAACUGUGUUCCGAGAGGCUAUUAUCUGCAAAAACAUUCCCCGAUUGGUUUCAGGCUGGAUCAAGCCUAUAAUUAUUGGCAGGCACGCACAUGGAGACCAGUACAAGGCUACAGAUUUCGUUGUUCCCGGUCCUGGAACGGUGGAAAUGACAUACACGCCUAAAAAUGGAGGAGAGCCGCUCAAGUUUGUUGUCCAUGACUUUAAAGGUACCGGUGGAGUUGCUCUGGGGAUGUACAACACAGACAGUUCAAUCCGGGACUUUGCUCAUAGCUCUUUCAAGAUGGGGUUGAACAAAGGCUGGCCGAUGUACCUCAGCACCAAGAACACCAUCUUGAAGAAAUAUGAUGGCCGUUUCAAAGAUAUUUUCCAGGAAAUUUAUGACAAAGAGUACAAGGCUCAGUACGAAGCCAAAGGCAUCUGGUAUGAGCAUCGGCUGAUUGAUGACAUGGUGGCUCAGGCCAUGAAGUCUGAAGGCGGAUUUAUCUGGGCCUGCAAGAACUAUGAUGGAGACGUGCAAUCAGACUCUGUAGCUCAGGGUUAUGGGUCAUUGGGUAUGAUGACCAGUGUGCUUGUGUGUCCUGAUGGGCGUACAGUAGAAGCUGAGGCAGCCCAUGGCACAGUUACACGGCACUAUCGCAUGCACCAGCAGGGCAAAGAGACGUCCACCAACCCUAUUGCCUCCAUCUUUGCGUGGACACGAGGGCUGCUGCACCGGGCGGAGCUUGAUAAGAACGCACAGCUGCAGGUGUUUGCUGAGGCACUGGAGGCCGUUUGUGUCGAGACCAUUGAAGCUGGUUUCAUGACCAAGGACCUGGCCAUCUGCAUCAAGGGCAUGUCUGAUGUCAAACGCUCCGAUUACCUCAACACUUUUGAGUUCUUGGACAAACUGGCUGAGAAUCUGAAGAUUAAGUUGUCAAGUCAACCCAAACUGUAAAGCUGCUGGGUGAUGAUGGGGCGUUAACACAUGCACACACUAAGCUCAACCCUCACAUCACGUCAAGCUGCGGACUGUUUUAGUCUCAUUUCCUGUUUGCAGGGGACUAAAGACCAGUCCAGUAGGGGGAGCAGUGCACUUUCAACUGGAAGAUAAGAAAGUGUCUUUUUAAAUGGAAGGAGCCACUGUAACCUUCAUUAUGCUUUUAAAAACAAAUUUGAAGCAUUCAUAUAGUAACUUUUAUCACGGUUUAUACAUUUUAACAUUGCAACAUUUUUUAUUUUAUUUUUUAUCAUAUCCCCUGUAGUGCAAAAAAUAUGUUCUGCUAUCUAUCAGGUGCUUGAACACCUGUUGCUUUAUUGUCUGAGUGUGUAGUUGUCUUGUCUUCGGGCAUUCACUCUUGAAGCCAUCCCAAGAACAGUGAGAUCAACUGAAGUACUGGUAGUUCUCACCUGUAGACAUUCCUGUUCAUUGUUCACUCAGUUCACACCACUGUCUGUCACUGCAUUACAAAUGAAUUCCCUUAUAUGGUUCUGUUUAUGUCAGUCUGUGUGCUUAUGUGAUUAGGUCUUGUGCAGUUAUGACAUCAAUAAUAAAUUAGGCUUUUUAAGAAGAA